UUUUUCGAAGAGGUGCAGUUUUGUUGGAUGGAUCAGAGGGCAGUUAAGAAAACUCGCCCUUUGUAUGAUACGGCGAGUCGUACUAAUUAUGAGUUUGAUGAAUAUUGGAAUAAAAUUGGAAGCGAUCUUGGAAAGAAUCCGGAAGAAGUCAAAAAGCGCUGGAACGGCUUACGCUCGGUAUAUUUAUUCGAGAACUCGCAAAGGUUAAGGGCACUGGAAAGGCUUAGGUACUUUUUUUAA